CUUGUAAUAUAUACAAAUAUACUUUUUUCUCAAAUGGAUAGUCAGAGUGAGUGUAAAGUUGGGAUAGAGAAAGCACUGUGUGUGGGCGCCCAUGCAGCUGGGGAUCCGAAGUGCCCUGUGAGAGAGAGACAGGUUGAUAUUUCCAGAGUUUGAGUGGGGAAGAAAGUGUCCUAUGCUAAGGCAGUGACAAGAGUAGCGGUUAGCCCAAGGGUGAGGGAUUCGACUGGGCAUUUGUCCAAACAAAUGGAAAAAUAAGCUAAAUUGAUGUGGGAAAGGAAAAGGCUAGGGUUGAUAAUUCCCCAUCGUAUCUUGGUAGAAGUAUGUUUUCUGGAACUAUGUACACCCAAGUCGGUAAACCCAUUGAAGAUAUCCAAAGUGGUGGAGAAAGCAUUGGGUAAAGUCAAAUCAGAGCAGGUCACUUAUUAAAGGAGUCAUUUCUGGAGUUGCAUAAUAAGUUGAUAUUAAUAUGCUAAAGUAAAUUCCUGGAGUGGUUGAUGUACGCUGGAUGAAUGGUGUGGUUCAUGGCAAGAAGGAGAAGAGUUCGUCUCUCCUUGUGUUUUUUUUUUAUGUGGAGUCCCUCCCAACCCGAGUGCAGCUGGGAUAUGUGUAUUAUCCUGUCAGAGCCUUUAUAUCCAGGCCUUUGCAGUGUAACAGAUGUAAAAUGUUUGGACAUGCAGAAAGUGUCUGCAGACGGAAUGAGCCGAGAUGUGGGACGUGUGGGGGAAACCACUUUGAUGGAGACUGUAUAGCAGAAGAGAAUUACAGAGGAAUAAAGUAUUGUAACUGUGGUGGAGAACAUGAGGCGACAUCCUUGGAAUGCCCAUAUAGGGUGAAAGAGAUGGAGAGACAAAAUCAGGAAAUUCAGUCUGUCUCCUAUGCGGAGGCAGUAGAACCGGUAGAAAAAGUAGAAUGCAGAGUUGGCCUCCCACCAGCAGGAUCCAGAUAUGCUGUAUGUAAAGAAGUUGGACUUUGUGUUUUUAAUGUCAGUGAUGAUGGCACAGCUAAUGUGGAGGGAAAGUCAAGGAAGAUGGGCAUUAUUGUGGAUGCGGCAGAGUGGUUUGAAGAACUGAAGGAGAGAGAGAUAAUAUCAAAAAGUAUCUCCCACUCUCACCGUAUGCAGUUUCCUUUUUUCACCCCUGUACAGUUGGUGGCGGUAAUGCACCGUAAAUAUUGGAUGCCAACCGCAGUUAAACCCCACCUAAGAUGAAGACGUAAACGGAAGUGAACCACAAUGACCAUGAACAAUUUCUUAGACGUUCAUUAACACCCUGGAUUUCAAAAUAUGAGUAGUCAUAACUGCACAGCAUCACAUUCUCACCCCAUAUAGAGUAUAAUUCGUGUUGGAGACGACUUAGUUGAUAGAAGGUAUAUUGGUAACGCUAGCUACUAACGUUCGCAAACAAUGGCUAACUGUAUGGUGUUUCACACUCAAAUAGCCUCCAUCAUGGAGGUGCUAGCGAAUGCAGCCGUUGCAGAAAUCUGUAAACUCGUAGACGAUGACUAUGCAGUGUUUCGUUUGGAAAUAACCCAAAGCCAGAAAGAAAACAGGACAUUACGGAGGAAACUACUGGAACUAAAGGUGGCACGGGAGCGCGCAGAGAGGACAAUGCCAGAACGCGUCCUCGCCAGUCGUCCCAGUAGUGUCAAGAUCCUCGACCGAUACAGAGGAAUGGCAAGAGCUGAAGGACAUCGCACUGGAGGCUACAGAAGCUUUGUUAAGCCAGUGGGACACAAUACAUGGAGAGAUGACCAACCAAUCACUGAUGAUGAGGGGAGUGGAACCUCAACCCAGCACAUUAUCAUGAUAGAGUCUGCAGAGGCUGCAGGUCCUGUGGUCAAGCUGGAGCAGUCUGAAGGAGAGGAGGACCCACGACACAGCACAGACAUCCAGACUGGAGCGGCUGGAGCGCCCCCUGUAGCUACGGAUGACCCCACCACUGCCCCAGCACAGCCCAGGACCCGACAUAGCAUCACGGAGGAGAAGGAGGAGGGUCCAGAUGUGCUGCUGGUGAAGGAGGAGGACCUGGGGAACCCUGAGGAGACCAUGGUCAUGGAGGACAACCAGACAACUCCUCCUGAACCCAAAGAGGAACCAGCUGAGCUGUACAGGACCACACACAAUCUUACUGAGUCAGUAGACAUGGAAGAUGGGAAGCCUGAUCUGCUGCUAGUCAAAGAGGAGACAAUAGAGGACAGACCAGAGAGCAUUGAUCUGCUGAGUGCACUAAAGAUUGGGGAGCAAGGUGGUUGGCUGGAGGCUAACAGAGGAGAAUGGGUGGCCAUUUUGGAUUCCCAGACGGGUGCAGCCAAGGGCCCAGUGAACAACAUCACCGAUCAGGCCUGGCCCAGAGGUGACAUAGUGGAGGUCAGGGGAUGGGACAGCGUCCUCAACUCUGGGCUGGGGAACAACACUGUUAACCACAACCAGAAACAGACAGUCGAACCCAAAACAACAUCUGAACAUAGUCUCCAUGACAACAGACUGGCUGAGACCAGGGCGAGGCGUAGAUUUGGUCUGCGGGGACAGGAAAGGGAACGUAUGCGGCGGGAGAGUACAGACUUGGCUUACGAUGCUCCGUCCUGCUCCUAUAAUUGUGAUUCAGAGAGACUGAUCGCGCCUCAUGUUGACCCCCUAACAGGUGCUUCCUUCAGUCUGCCUUCUAUAGGAUCUAUCAACUGUAAUAUGGAUCCUGCGAUAACACAGACACUCCCUGGCCUUAAUCCUCCUCACACUCUCCUUAUGUUAAACCAGACCUCAGACAAUGCCAAUGCCUCAACACUAAAUAGCUACACAAGCCCAUUGACAAAUGACAGUAGUGGAGAUAGAAUCAGUAAAGGUGGUGGCGCCAAAGAGAAGCGCUUCCCGUGUUCGUUCUGUGGGAAAGCCUUCAGUUUCCCCCAACAGGUGGAGAUUCACCAGAGGGUGCACACGGGGGAGAAACAAUUCAGCUGCCACCUGUGCCAGGCUAGUUUCUCUCACUCCUUCAGCCUGAAGAGGCACCUGAGAGUCCACACAGGGGUGAAACCCUUCAGCUGUACCCAGUGUCACAUGCGCUUCGCCCAGGCUGGUCACCUGAAGAGGCACCAGAGGGUCCACACAGGGGAGAAACCCUACAGCUGUACGCAGUGUGAGAAGAGGUUCUCCCGCCAGGACCAGCUGAAGAUGCACCUGAAGGUCCACACAGGAGAGCGGCCAUUCGCCAGUACUCACUGUGGGAAGAGGUUAUCAGAGAGGAGUUACCUCAGGAUGCACCAGCAGAAAAAACAUUCCACUCUAACAUAAUAGUAACCGUUCCCCUGGAUAGCUUCUGACAUUUAGAUCAAACCCAGCAUUAAAGACAAAUAUACAUUUUCAUUGUUGUCAGCAGAAAAGACCCACAGAUGACCCACAGAUUUCAGUGUUUAAUAUUCCUGGGUAGAAUAUUUCAUCCAGACAUUGUGUGACAUAUAUGCCGUAAGUCUAAAAAGUAUGUUACAUAUUGAGAGUUUAGGACUAUAAGGUUCUAUCUGUAAAAAGAUGAUUCUGAGAUAAUUGGCUUUAUAUUUCUGAACCCUCAUUGGUUUUAAUGGUGUCAUCUAUUUUUAUCUUGUAUUCUGUUUAACUAAACAUGAAUUGGGUUAUUAAGAGUACUACAUUGGUAGAGAACAGAACAAGGCUAUAUCAAUAACACAAUUUUGAAAAAACAUUCAGAUAGAACCAAAGCUCGUGAUUUUGUUUGUAUCCGGGGCAAAUCUGGUGCUUUUAGAUAGAAUGCAAGCUAUAUUAGAUCAAAUCCAGCCAGGAACUUUUUUUAGGGCAGGUGACCCACAUUACAAGUUCGAUAAGAUUGACAGACAUAGUAAUAAAGAGGCUGGAAUGAGUCAUCGUUACAAAUCAUUUACAGUACACCUAGAGAUUACUAUUCC